AUGCCAAUGGAUUCCCUUUCCGCAUCAGAACUCUGUCCUUCUCCUGUGUCGGGGUUGCCUCAUGCAGAUGCAUGUUAUUCUGGGUCACUGCGAAAAACUGGAGAAUCGCGGCCUGUUGACUGUGGCAUCAGGGGAAGCGUCCCAGCUAUGUUGCCAUCUACCGAAGCGGCGUUUGGCGAAAGCCAGGGUUCGAACCCAGACUGCUGCGUUGUGCGAGAAGCGCCAUCCACGGUGCACGAUAGUGGCGAUGACGGACCACGUUCAACUAAAGUGUCCGGGGACGACGUAGGUCAGUCAGACGAACAACUCCCCCGCCAAGGUCCGGAGGCGGUGGCUGCAGCGCAGAGCGCACAGCUAUGCAGGGAUGCCGCAGGAUCGCCUGCCCGACCUUCGAGUUGUCAUUCACAAAAGACGUCAAGUCAGUCCCCCGGUCACGUUGCGUCCAAAUCUGCAACGGACCGCUGUUGUUCGUCGGGUACCCCUGUCGGAUCCGACUGUUCACUGCCGUCUCCCCAAGAGAAUCCCGUGGGUUACAGAAAUCUCGCGCUCUUCGUUUCGACUGUGUUGGACCAAUGCGGGGAAGCAGUGGCUCGGCAGCGUCGCGCCUCCGCAAUGUGCCUGUUUUUUGCGCUCAAGCGCGCCAUGUCUGCACACAACGCAAGCUUGCUCAACUGGGCUUACCUGCAUUGGCGCGUUCAUUUUGCCAUGACGCCGUUGCCUCAGCAGAAAAACCGUGUGGAGACCCCGUCGAACGCGAGCUUUGGAGUUCCUCAGUGUUCUGAUGCGUUGCAAACGUCGAUGGAUAUCGCAGAAGACGGAGGACUUCUUCGUAUGAUCGGCGAAGGCAGUCUUUCCCGGUUUUUGCUCCAGUUGCGUCUUGAUGGUGUUUCGUCCCCUAGCGAUUCAGGACACCCGUCUGGGCGCCGACCAGCGGGACAUCCUUCGCCGCCCUCAAGGUUCUCUGCUGGACGGUCUCUUCCCCGGUCCUCCUUCCUCGAUUCCAGAGACGUUGCCGGUCCUUCCUGCGGAGCCGUAAUCAAGACAUGGCGAGGUGAGCGCGACGCGUCCGAAGCAGGCGCGUCCCUAGGUUCGCCUUCGGCGAGUCUGCCUUUGUCGGAAGCUCCACUGCCAGCCACAAAGAGUCUUCACGACCGGACGUUUUUGCUGAACAAGGCGUCUCCGCGACUGGAUUCUGCGGCGUCUCGCGCAGGUAGGAGCACCACCACGUUCUCGAAGAACGCAGACGCGAAUCCUGCACGAGGCGCGGGCUCCGUAACCUUGCGGUCGGCUCCACUUGGGCCACCCACAACGUCACCCGUCGAUGAAGUGUCCUUGGGACUUUCUUCCAAACUGUUUGGACAAAAAGCUCGGAGACCCAGAGAGGACGGCACAGCUGCACAGGAUCCUAGCUCCGGUGCCUCCCCACCGGCACACUCCGAGGCUGGCAAGCCUGGCCGGGAAGGCGCGACGCGAAGAGAGUGCGGCGGCGCGGGCGCUCCUGAUGGCCGAGGGGGAGUAGCAAGCGACGGCGUCACGUCUCGAAAUUCAAUAAGCAGCCGCUGUCACAGCAGAGGCACAGAUGAGAACGGAGCGAGAAGAGACGGUCGACGAGAUGAGAAGGAGCCGAACCUUGAAGUGUCUCGCCGCGGAGGCUCCUCCCGAGUUGAGGAGGCUGAACCGGAAAGGCUUCCGGCUGCUGCCGCGUCGUUGCUGUCCAAGGACUACGAGAGUCUCCUGGCGUCCGCCCUGUGUAGAGCUGUGGCGCCUCCCGGGGCGGCAGGCGUGAUACCGGCUAUCCCCUGGACUUCAAACUGA